AUGACCAGCUCGCCUGGAACACCAGAGGACGUGGCAGUCGUGCACGACCGGCCACCCAGCUACGUGCGCGCCGUGUGGGAGGCCGUGCACGCUCGCGCGCGUUCCGUGCAGCUGGUGCAGCUUGCGGGCGACUGGGCGCAGCGCCCGCGGCCGGUGAAUCGCCGCCACAUGGUGACCAAGGUGUGCAUCUUCUGGUUACGGGACGCCAACUGGCGGCAGUUGAAGCCGCUCGACCCGGAGAGCUUCCUCGACGCCUGGGGGAACCGCUGCGGUCGGCUGGUGGUGGUGGAGAGCAAGAGGAGCAUCUCCGACUCGGCCAGCAUGCUGCUCGUUAACUACGACCACGCGCAGACCAUUUCGUCGGUGAUGAUCGGCAACGGGCCCGACAACGUGACCGUGUUCGGGCACCGGAUCGACUGUGUGCGGCAGGAGCUCAGCCCGCUGCUGCUGUACGACUCGGCCAGAGGCGACACCGUCCGCCGGCUGUUCUGGCCGAACCGGGUCGAGCUGCGCGGCCAGCACCUCCGCGUGACUUCGACGGCCGCGUCCAACACCCCGUACGCCUCGUUCGCUAACCCCGAUGACCAGUCGGCAAUCGUCGGCGUCGAGGCGGAGAUGCUGGAGGCGGUGGCGCGCGGCUACGGCUUCAACUUCUCGAUGGUGCAUCCGGCCAGCAACGACGGCCUGUUCGGCGCACGCAUGCCGAACGGAUCCUGGACGGGUGUGAUCGGCAUGAUCGUGCGGGGCGAGGCGGACCUGGCCGUCGGCGACAUCUCGGUGACGCUCGAGCGCGAGGCCGCCGUCGACUACACGUACCCGUUUCACAUCGAGCCGGUGUCGUUCUUCAUGCUGCGGCCGCCGGCGCUGCCGCGCUGGCUCGUUCUGGUGACGCCGUUCAGCAACACCACCUGGCUGGUGCUGCUGUGCUCGCUGCUGGUCGGCACGGCAGUCAUGGCGCUGCUGCCGGCGAUGGUCCCCGGUCGGUCGCCCAGAGAGCGGCUCGUCGAGGCGUCCACGUUUGUCUGGGGCGCCAUCGUGGAGCAAGCGGUGGUGCUCGAGCCGGCAGGCUCGGCGGCGCGGCUCGUGGUCUCCACCUGGUGGUGCUUCAGCCUCACCAUGACCAUCUGCUACCAGACGCUGCUGACGUCGAAGCUGUCCGUGCCGCAGUACCCGACGCCGAUCGACAGCCUGAACGCGCUGGCGCUCUCCGACCUUCGCGUCAAGUCUGCCGACAAGAUCGCCGUCAGCCAGUACCUGGAGACGUUCCGUGGAACCUCCUCCGUGCUCGCCCGCAUCCCCGAAAAGCUCACUUUCUUUCCGGUCGAGGGCCGCUCGGUGGCCGAGCGGCCCGACAGCGAGCGCUACUACAUCUCGCGCGCGCGCUUCUACCGCACGGGGCUGGCGUGGCCGGUGCGUGCCGGCGCCUGCUUCCGUCCCGCUCUGGACCGGGCCGUGCUGCGCCUCCUCCAGGGCGGCCUGGUAGAGCUCUGGAUGCGCGUGGACGUGGGCAGCACCGCCCGCGACCGGGCCGGGGCGCGCGCCCUCACCAUGGACGACCUGAGCGUGGCGUUCCUGGCGCUGGCGGCCGGCUGCUUGCUCGCCACCGUCUGCUUUUUGUUGGAGCUCGGUUAG